CGGCGCGGCGGCUCUCGCUGUGCGGCGGCGGCGGCGAUGAGGAUGGCUGCGCUGGCGAGCGAGGCCGAGCGGGCCGUCUUGGAAGAAGAGUUUAAAUGGCUUUUACGAGAGGAAGUUCAUUCUGUCCUUCGUCAGCUGCAGGAGAUCCUGAAGGAGGCUUCUCAUCGGUUCAAUUUGCCAGCAAGCAGCUCAGAGGGGCCUGUCAAACAGGAGAACUUUAUCCUGGGCAGUUCCAAUGCUGACCAAGUGAAGGGCGUUCUAACCCUCCAGGGCGAUGCCCUGUGCCAGGCGGAUAUUAACUUGAAAAUGCCCAGAAAUAACCAGCUAGUGCACUUUGCCUUCCGGGAUGACAAACAGUGGAAACUACAGCAGAUUCAGGAUGCCAGGAAUCACGUCAACCAAGCAGUCUACCUGCUUACCAACCGGAGCGCCAAUUACCAGUUCAAGACAGGAUGCGAGGUUCUCAAGCUGAUGGAUGCUGUGAUGCUGCAGCUGACCAGAGCCCGGAAUCGACUCACCACCCCCGCCACUCUGAGCUUGCCAGAGGUUGCCGCCAGUGGACUCACGAAAAUGUUCACUCCAGCUCUGCCUUCAGAUAUCCUGGUCAAUUUCUAUAUCAACCUGAAUAAGCUCUGCUUAACUGUCUAUCAGUUGCACCCUUUGCAGCCCAGUUCCACAAAGAACUUCCGGCCAGCUGGAGGGUCCAUCCUGCACAACCCCGGAGCCAUGUUCGAGUACAGCAACCAAAGAUACGAAGUCAGCCACGUGCACAAGGUGGAGUGCGUGGUGCCCUGGCUGAACGAUGCCCUCGUUUUCUUCACCGUCUCCCUGCAGCUUUGCCAGCAGCUCAAGGAUAAGAUCGCCGUGUUUUCCGGCUACUGGAACUACCGACUCUACUGACCCUCCCACGAAGAGCGGUCUGGUCAGUUCCAGCCACUCCCUUCCUGCGAAGAUCUCAUGAGCUAACCCAUAUCGGUGAGGACGAGCCAGAUUCCACCAUGCCACAGUAGCUGAUGGGCAGGAGGUGGUGCCUGGUGUCGGCAUCUCGGUAUUCAGAAUGUCGUUAUUUAUUAGCACUUUAGAAGUUCAUACAUUUCUUUCCACGGGAAUCAAAGCUAGGCUGAGCCAAUAAACACUUGUCAGACUCCCCGUUGGAGGGGGAAAAGGUGGUCAUCAACAAGAGUGGGAAUGAAUUGCAGGCUAUGCUGACCCUGUGUUGAGUUUGUCUCUGGCCAGAAAGAGCAGCUAAGGGGUGGAACACUCACUGCUCCUUCCUUGGCUAAUCCUUGUCACACAUUUUGAGUUUUGUUAUCACUCCUGGCUGUUGUUCCUCUAGUCUUUUGCACCAUGGUGAUUGUUCAUUUCCACAGCAUCGCCUUUGAAGCAUUAAGGGACCCCUUGGUUUGCACUGCUUAUUCAUUAGACCUUCCGGAUAACCAUUUCUGGCCACCAAGCAGUAGAAAAUACCAGGGUGGUCUUGGUAACAAAGGGGGCUGGUUGCUGCUAAACAUACAAGAAUCAUUCCUUGCACCUCUGUGUUGUGUGGAAUAAAAAUCCCUGAUUCUU